GCAGGCAUGCUCAUCCAAUCACCACUUCAACUCGUGCGCAGUUACGAACAUACGUCUGUAGACGAACCCCGUGAUUGUGUACAAUAAAAACAAACUUAUUCUUGGAAAACCGCGCCUAACGAUAGUUUCCGUCCUGUAUUUCGGACUAAAUAGUGCUGUGCCUAGAUCUGUGUGUUUGUGAACUGUGUGGAUAUAAUAAAACUACUGGAUUUUUUUGCAUUGAAUUAUCGGCGCUUGCAAAUCUGAGGUAACAGGCAUUUUGCUGAUUGAUGGUACAAAGUUUAAAAAAAAAAAAAAAGCAAAUUCGAGGACAUUACCUACCACAUUUUGAAAAGAUGUAAAACCGAGCUUGGAAAAUAAAAACAAAAUAUAACAACUAUGGGAAGUGCCAGAGUGUCAAACGCCAAACCAAUCCCAAUGGAGUCCACAGAUAAAAAAUCUUUUAAAACAAUCAUAAAAAACCUCUUCGGAAAGAAAAAGGAAAAACCAAAAAUCGAUAAAAAAGAGAAAAUAGAAGAGAAACCUGAAAUAAAGACAGAAGUCAAACCACCAAAAAAUACGAACACAGUCGCCGCCAUUUUGGAGAACCUCGAUAAAUUACAUUUGGAUGACAAGAAGCCCGUUAAAGAGGAAUCCUCAGACAAUGAAGAUGACGAAUUAAAUAACUUCGAAUUCAAAAUCAUUGAGGAGCCUUUCAAAGAGAGGAUACACUCUCAUUCUUCAGAAGACAGCGGCUUCUCCGACACUAAAGAGGCGGAGAAUGUCGAUAAACCUGAGAAUGAGGAUAAAGCCGAGAAGGAUGAGCAAGCCGAGGACCUGGCGGAGGAAUUGGAGAAGUUGGGGCUAGAUGAGGACAGUAAGAAGAAGAAGAAGAAGCAGACAGUCUGUAUUUCUCGAGGACCUAUUAAGAAUAAGUUGACGAACUACUCUUCAGUGCUACCUUACCCUGCACAGGAUCAGGAUUACAAGAUAAAUCAAAUAACAACUACAAACAAGCACACAUUAUCUGGCGGCCAGGUGUUAGUGAACCAAUGCCAGACUACAGACAACUUUUCCGAGGUCAAACAGGCCUUAGAAACUGUACAAAAGAACUCACAAUACCUACAAAAUGACAGAGAAACAUACCUAGAAGAUGUUAUGGAACUAAUCAAAGAAGAAACGAACAGUAAAUCGAUACCUAAGGUAAUCGUAACACCCGAAUACGAUUACCAGCCCUCAAAUAUCGAUUACACGCAAAAGAAAUCGGUAACAAACACCUAUCUUACCGAUUAUGCAGAAAAAUCGGUUCAGCAUAACGAAUUGAUGCAGUUAUUAAACGAAAACUAUGACUUUUCACCUGAAAUGCCUCAAAAUAAUGGUAUGGGAAGCUUCGGCCACGAAGAAAUCACUCAGAUCAUGAAUUACGUACAGAAUGAAUACAGCAACACUUCAAAUGAUGCUUAUGUUACAACGGACUACGCUUUCCCCACUCCCCCAAGGUCGGAAGCCGUUCCGAGCCCAAUGUCAGCAUCCCCAGGGUCAUUUUACCCCACGAAUUCAGAAUACACACUAUCCCCCGAAAGGUCCCCUAUCUACAACAGCGAUUAUGAGAAAUACCAAGAAAUCCCCCAUUUUGAUGAGGAAAAAGAAAGCACAGAUAAAAAAUCGCGGGAAAGGACCGCCUCUAUGUCGUCUAUGACUUUAAAACAGUUUAAGGAUAUGCAGAAAGAUAUCGUUUACAACUUUUCUAAGAAAGAUUGUUGUCAAGUAACGAGAAAGAGUUGUCAGGAAAUAUUCCAGGAACAUUUGCAAAGGGUUGAAGAAGGUGUUAGGAAGAAUAUGUGCCUGGAAAUGUCUAAACGGGAUCUGAAAGAAGUUUAUGGUGUCCUCCACCAUAUAAUAUUGAGUCUAUCGACCACCUCUGACAAGGAGGACAUGCAGUACGGACUCUUCGCUCUCAUAUGCGACAGAUUGCUGGCUCAGAACCCUGCUCUGUUCGUCGGUGAUGCAGGCCUAAGUCUUCUGAAGUCAGCAGCGCUGCGGUGUCCUCAACGGCCGAUCCUCACUCGAUACCUGGUCCAGUGCAUCCGAGCCGCCAUUAAGAGCGAUCCCACUGUGCUUACUACUAAGGAGUUUGUGUUUCAUGAGGUGGACGCUCUAGGCGACAACUUGGUGACGGCCUGUGCUCGGGCCGGCGACCGCUGCGCCGACGUGCUGAGCGAGCUAUUGCGUCCCAGCGACGCCCAGCCGCCGCUCUUCCGUCCGAACCACACCAACGCUGAUGGUUAUACAGCGUUGCAUGUGGCGAGCAGUCAGCACAGCGCGGCUCGCCCGCGCCUGCACACGGCGCACGUGCUCAUCGUGCACGGCGGCAUUGAGAUCACUGAGGGGGACCUAAAAGGCGGUGACACAGCACUCCACCUAGCAGUGAACUCUCCGAACUGUGACCUUCAAAUGAUCCUCAUGAUGUUCAAGCAGUUCGAGCGCAAGGACUGGAGGAUGUUGGCGCAUUAUCCUAAUCUCAGCACGAAAACGCCCCUGGAUCUCGCCCGCCUGGCUACAAAAUCGUCGACCAGACAAAACUACCCCAUCGAAGUGCUGGAAUUCCUCAAAAAAUGCCGCUAAACGUACAAAAUACACCAGAAAUUACAAGUAGUGCCUUAUAGAAUUCAAAAAAUGAGUUACAAGAAUUUUUUAGUUAUGCACUUUAUAAAGAUAGAAAAACACUGGUACUCCAUUUGAGUAGACAUUUACAAAAAAAAACAAAAAUAUGUUUUUUUUUUUAUUUAAAAACUCGAUUAAAAAUAAAAUGCAAUUGAAAAUAUUAAAUCAAAAAUACAAGAACUUAUUCAGUUAUGCAGUAGUUUAUUUGUUUAAUAUGUAUUUGUGUUAAAAAUCCAAUCAAGAUUAUUUUAUGUCUUUUCAAAAAGAGUAUGAAUCCGUGUUUUUAUUGUUGUUUAUAAAUACUUUUCGGGACUCUGCAAAAGUGGUCCGUUUUGGGGUAUUUUCGUAAGUUAAACGGUAAGUCUGACAAAGAAUGUCUGAAAAUGCAGACUGAACAAACGUUACGAAUCUUCGACUAGGUUUUCGCUGUGAAAACCUAAAUUUUCGAAGUUUACACAAAGUAACUGAAUGUGGAACGAAAAAGAGGUUGUUGAGGAUUUUAUGAUUGCAUUGAAAAAGUUCUCAGAAGUAAGGAACUCUUGCAUGGAGUUAGACAUAAACUGAAAACUGGUUUUAAAGCUACGGACAUGACAAUGACAAAAAAACGUAUUGAAAAGUUCGUAUUCUAAAACGUUAACGUAAAAAAACCUUACAUAAGUUUUUUUUAUCGGGAUGAGUUAGUUAUUCGAGGUAAUUCUCGAAGCGACCUUUUGAGGUGCACUUUUAUUCCUCAGAGUGCACCUGUUAGUAGCGCUAAUAACAAUUACUACUAGAAGGUGCCUCGUCAGGUCCGGUGCACAUCAAAACGGUGCCACUUCGAGAAAUACCUCAUUUUUUAACACUUAUAUGACAAAACAAAGAAUUCGGAAUUAAAUAAAUCACAAAAAAAGCAAACAUAAAUUCACAAAGGAAUGGAAUAUAAAAAAAAAAUACCAUUAAUGAUAAGUUUCGAAAAUGACAAAUUCGCUCGCAAAAUCGAAAAAAAUGAGCUAGAAUAUAUUCUAUGACGGAAAAUGAAAUUGUAUAUAUUAAAAAAUGAUAAAAGUAUAUUUUUUGAUAAUAACGAGUAUAUAUUAUUACAUAUUUUGAGAAACUGGUUGUGCGUUUAAGGAAUCGUUAAUUUUGUUAGAUUUAAAAUAGCGUUUACGAUAUUAUUUCGCGCCAUUUCUAUGAUUGGAUAAAUAUUUUGAAAAUGAUUUUUUAUUUCGAACUUUAAACCAUUGAAAUUAUCAUCCAUUGAAACCAUUAAAAUGAUUUUUUUUUAUUGGCCUAAUGAUAAAAAAAAAUACAAAUAUGUCAAACUGGAUUUUGGGCGCGAAAAUAAAAGUUUUAUAGGUUAUUAAUUUUAGAAUUAACUGUGCGAUCAAUUAAUAAGUAUUAAAUAUAUUGUUAUUAAGUCAUUUUUACAAUGUUUUUAAUCAAUAAUAAAAAAACCCAACCAAGGGGCAAGAAUAAAAAUGGCGAAUCUGAAAUGAGUGUUUAAAAAUAAUGUAAUAAUGGCCUAAAAUUUUUCAGUCAAAAUAUCUAUACAUUUUGGUACCAUUUAUUUUUAUUUUUUUUAUACUUAGAAUUAAAAAUAAUGUUAAUUACGACCUGGGGCUUACUAUCAUAAUUACUGAUUAUUGAUGAUUUUGACAUAAUGAGAUUUUAGCACAAGUUAUCAACCAAUUUUGAAAAAAAUAUGCCAAAUAAAUUAAUCAACGUAGGUGAGAUUCCACCGGUGUGUACUGUAACGCACACAAAUGUAACUUCUGGUGAACUCGCUCUAGCAAACAGUAAUACAUUGCGUGCGAACAUUUCUAAAAUGUCCGCGAAACUGCAAACUUUGUGCCUGAACACACGCUAGCUAGGUGGACUUACGCAGACUUUUUUGUUCGCGAAAAAAUGACGUAUGAACGAAUAAGUUUUGGUGGAAUCCUACCUUUUUACGUCACGAAAUUAAAAGUUAACGAGAUUAUAGUAAGCCCGAUUCUGACGCUUUGAUUACAAAAAACAAAAGUUUUAAAUUGACUUUCCUAAACUGUGAUUUAAUAGGAAUAAGAUCAAGCGUCAGAAUUAUAGGUUUUUAGAUAUUAAGCUGUGGCUUAGAUUAGGGCCUUUUAUUUUAGUGGUUCGAAGUGAGCUGGUAUACAGUACGCUCAGAAUACGACUAUUGUAUUGUCAUCAGGACUACAUACAGCUGCCAAUUUUCAUGACGCUACGAUCCUUGGAAGAUGGUCUUAGUUACCUUAAAUUCCAUUAGGUACAGAGUUACAUACAGGUAGAUGAAAGCGUGGUAAAAAUCAUUGUGGAUAUAAAAUAUUAGGCGUACUGUAGUUCGUAGCAACUGGUAAAGAGCAUAAAGUUUGACAUAAUAAAUGUUUUAGUGUUUUAUACUGAAACAAAAAGUUACAAUUAUGAAUAACAUAGAUGAUAACCAUUUUAUUAAAAUAACAAUUUAGUUUUUAAGAGUACCUAGUGUUAAGUUUUCAAUUUGUUUUGUUUAUAAAAGUUAUAUAUGUAUCAAAAUAAAGCAGACGAAAAAUAAAGCACAAUCUUAUAUAUUUCUGUAUAUAUUUUCAAAAAUACUGGUGUUACAGUUUUGAUAAGUUAAUAAAUAUGUGCUUUGUUGAACUUUAUUCUUCAUCAUUUGAAUAAAAAAUGAUUUUCGUUUUACACAAAAAUGCAAUUUUAUGUCUGCUGUGAGAGCAAUGUGAAAUUUUAUAAUUUUAUGAUCUCUAUUUUUGUCAUUUGUCAAGAUAAAUAAAAGUACAUGCAUACGAAAAA